AUGGCGGAAAUGCUGAGGAGACUGGUCUCGAACGAAUCUUUGCGAACGCUGCAGGAGAAGCUGGACUGCUGGCUGAAGGAGUACAACGCAAACACGUGCGAUCAAAAUCUCAACUUCUGCCUUGAACUCAUCGAGCAAGUUGCCAAAGUGCAGGGACAGCUCUUUGGGAUCCUCACUACCGCGGCCCAGGAAGGAGGACAUAAUGACGGUGUGGAAACGAUCAAGUCGCGCCUUUUGCCCUGGCUGGAGGCCUCCUUUACUGCCGCUUCCAUGGGAAAACCUGUUGACAGCAGGAUCCCCUCUCUGCAGGACACAUUUGACAGGGAGAGAGACAAAGAUUCUGGCCCUCGGGAUCGGGACAUAGAACAGUUGGACUCCGAUUUGAACUCGACCCGUAAUCAACUCAACAAGGUUCAAGAUGAUCUGGCUGAAACUGAAAAGACUCUUGAAGAAACCAAGAACAGAUCGGCCAUAUCCCUUUUGGCUGCAGAGGAGGAAAUAAAUCAGCUAAAAAAGCAGCUGAAAUCUCUCCAAGCGCAGGAGCAGGCCCGCCACCGGGGCUCGGAUGGCAGGGGCUCGGAGCAGCGCGGCUCGUCCAAGCGGAGCUCGGAGCAGCGGAACGCGGACGCCAACUACGAGAAGCAGCUGCGAAACCUCAAGGACGAGAUAGCUGUUCUGUCUGGCGAAAAGUCUACCCUCCGAGGAAGGUCCACGGGGAGCCGGUCUCCGAGCCCCGACAGCCGCAGCCACAGCCGCAGCCACAGCCACAGCCGCAGCCGCAGCCGGUCGGGCAGCCCCUCCACCGGCAUGAAGGUCAGGACGCCGUCCCCGAACCGCUCCAAGCUGUCCAGCGUGGCGCGCAAGGCUGCCCUCCUGUCCCGGUUCAGCGACGCCUAUUCCCAGGCCCGCCUGGAUGCGCAGUGUCUGCUGCGGCGCUGCAUCGACAAGGCGGAGACCGUGCAGCGGAUCAUCUACAUCGCCACCGUGGAGGCAUUCCAUGUAGCUAAAAUGGCAUUCAGACAUUUCAAGAUCCGUGUGAGGAAAUCGUUGACACCAUCUUACGGGGGGUCGAAUGACUUUGAGAAUGCUGUCUUGGAUUAUAUCAUUUGUCAUCUUGAUACGUAUGAUGUCCAAAGCAGUGUCAAUGAUGUGAUCCGAGCCAUGAAUAUCAACCCCAAGAUUUCGUUCCCUCCUGAAGUCGACUUUUGCCUCCUCAGUGACUUCAUCCGGGAGAUAUGUUGCAUUGCUUUUGCAAUGCAGACCUUAGAACCGCCCCUCGAUAUUGCAUUUGGGGCAGAUGGAGAAGUUUUUAAUGAUUACAAGUACCGCCGCAGCUAUGACUCGGAUUUCACCGCUCCCUUGGUCUUAUAUCACGUGUGGCCUGCUCUCAUGGAGAACGACUGUGUCAUUAUGAAGGGAGAAGCUGUCACCAGGAGAGGGGCUUUUGUACGGUGGCCUUGCAUAGUGACAAUUCAUCCCAAGUGUUUGAUUCACAAGUUCGAGAACAUUUAUAAACCCAGAGAUUCUAUAAAAGAAGAGUGGUACGGCACCAAGACAGGUGAUGUUGCCUUAAAAGAAGAAGGUGAAUUCGUGGUUACCUUCCGAGGAGCGGGUGAGUAUGGGAAAGUUGCUUUUCUCCUGCGAUAA